AUGGGCUCGGGAAGAGGUGAAUCGGCAGUCUUCGGAGCUCUCGGGGGAACUCGGGUAUCCUCGGGUUCUCUCGGCAACGGAGCCAUCGGGGAACUUCCGGGAUACCUCAGAGACAAGGUGGAAUUCUUGGACGGGUACAAACUCUGCUUUCCCGGGGGGAGCAGAUCAAGGGUUGUGUACUGCACAACCCCUACAGUCCAGAGCCUGAUAGAUGACAGGUCCAUUCAGGAGGAGUGUCUCAACUAUGUCACCAAGAAAGGACAGAAGAGAGCCUGUUUAAGGGAUGUGUUCCAGCUGUACUGUGGUCUGACUCCAGGCACCACAGUUCGUGAUCUUUGCUCCCGCUACUCACAGCAGCUGCAGAGGGUAGAUGAGAGGAGGCUGAUCCAGUAUGGACUGAUGAAGGCUCUCAUUCGCCGUCUGCAGAAGUAUCCUGUUAAGGUGACACGAGACGAGAGGAGCCGCCCACCACGCCUUUACACUGGUUGCCAUAGUUACGACGAAAUCUGCUGCAAGACGGGUAGGUUAAGGCGGUUAUGAUG